AUGUCGUUUUCCCGCGAGCAGACCCCAGAGGGCAUGCACAUCAUGCCGGCGUUGAUGGCCAAGACUCCUAUGGGCUCCAUGGUCGACAUCGACUCCACCACUGACGAGGGCUGCCAGACUCCAUCCGAGCGGGAGAGCACCAAUUUGCCGAACAUGAAGCUCGUCUUUGGCUUGAUGGAGCGUGGAUUGCCAUCCCUGCAACGUGGUUGGCGCACUCCGGAUCCCUCUCCGACGCGCACGGGCCUCCCAAAGUGCGCGGCCUACACGGAGUUCAUCGAGGAGGAGCAGCAGCCCACUCCUCGCUGUGACCGUGGCCGCGGCCGGCAGUCUGCCAAAGAUCGCUCUCCGAGCUCGGGACAGCCUUGGCUUC